UUUUAUCCACACACUGUAAAGACUGACACUGAUCUUCUGGUCAGGUUGUUUUCUACAAUUAUCAGACUACUGAGAGCAGACUUCUUCUCUACUUGGCUUGAUGCAGUAAUGCUCCUAAAAUCAAUAUGCACCGUAGCUGUGGUCAUUGUCUCACUGCAAGGUGCUCCAGGUCAGGCAGACUGGGGUGUGAUUUACACCAGUAAGAACAUCUGUGCCUUGAAGGGGAGUUCAGUGGACAUGGCCUGCACUUACACAUAUCCCAGCGGUUAUACAAUACAAACAACAUUCUGGUGCAAAGAUUGUACACAGUGGAUAGGAGAGAAUCCUGUAGACCUGGCCAGCACUCCUGAGUACAAAGACCGUGUAGAGUACCUGGGAGAUAUGAAACUUCACUCCACCCUCAGACUGAAAAAUCUAACAGCGGGUGAUUCAGGAGGAUAUUACUUCAGGUUUAUAACAAAAACACAGGGUGGUAAAUGGCUGGGUGCAGGCGGAUCCCAAAUAUCAGUCACAGUUUUACAGGUGAGGGUGACUCCUGACACAGUGAGAGAGGGAGACAAUGUGAAACUGGCCUGCAGCACCAGCUGCACUCUGAGUUUCACCCCAACCUUCAUCUGGUAUAAGAACAAACAUCCUCUAUCCAACACCACCCAGAAUCUCCAGUUCUCAGCCAGCAGUGAAGAUGCAGGCAGCUACUCCUGUGCUGUAAGAGGCUAUGAGAAUCUCCCUUCCUCUGCAGUGACUCUCAACGUAACAUAUUCUCCCAAGAACACCUCAGUAUCAGUCACUCCCUCUGUUAAAAUAGUGGAGGGCAGUUCAGUGACUCUGACCUGCAGCAGCAAUGCCAACCCACCAGUGGAGAGAUACACCUGGUUUAAGCAUAAUACAGCUGUAACCUCAGUGAGAGGAUCAGGGCAGAGUUACUCUAUCAUUAACAUCAGAUCUGAGGACAGUGGACAGUACUACUGUGAGGCAAAGAACAAGCAUGGAGUUCAAAACUCAACUGCUGCGUCAAUAGAUGUUCAGUAUGCCCCCCAGAGCACCUCAGUGUCAGUCAGUCCCUCUGGUGAAAUAGUGGAGGGCAGUUCAGUGACUCUGACCUGCAGCAGCAAUGCCAACCCACCAGUGCAGAACUACACCUGGUUUCAGAAGAAUGAGACUGGAGUCUGGCAGACAGGAUCAGGACAGAGUUUAAACUUUUCUAACUUUAGAUCCUGGAACAUUGGACAGUACUACUGUCAGGCAAAGAACACGAUCGGAACUCAUAACUCUACUGCAGUAUUAAUAGCAGCACAAGUUGGAGAAAAUCAACAAAUGAAACAGAGCCCAUAGAGGUCACCAGCGCAAAGACUGGGGCCUGACUCUUCUUUACAGUACAGUUACCGUUAUGCAGUGGGCCC